AAUAUACAUGUACUUUUUGCCAAAUCAUAAAUCAAGCAUAUCAAUAUGUCUGCGCCCAUGGAAUUAUUUUUGUUCCUGGGAAAAUCUUGUUAACUUCGUUAAUCUAAGCAAUGUCAUUUCGUUUGCAACGAAGAUGAUACAAAAUUAAACUAUGGCAAGAAAAUCUGACAAUAUGAAACCUGCUGCAGGCAGCAAUGAUUUUAUAGAAGCUCGUUUAUUUCCUUCACGAAAUGAUUGUGUUUACACAAGUUGCUAUUGUGAGGAAAAUGUAUGGCAUCUAUGCAGUUCAGUGAGAGAUACGCAACCAGAAGAACUAGGAAAAUGUUUCUGUGUUUUUAUAUCAAACCAUUCCCAAACAAUACCAUUGUGGGAGCAAACAGCCAGCAAUAGAGAAGAUGGGCUUGUUGUCUGGGAUUAUCAUGUGAUAUUUAUUCUCAAGGGAUCGGAUGGUAGCAGCGUAUAUGAUUUAGAUACCAGACUUGAUUUCCCCUGCCCAUUUCAACAGUACGUCAGACAAGGAAUACAGUCUUGUGCCAGUUUAAAACCCGAGUUUCAGAGGUUGUUCCGAGUGAUACCAGCGGAAGAAUUUUUAUCAACAUUUGCUUCAGAUAGAUCUCAUAUGUUGGAUGAUGAUGGUAAAUGGUUGAAACCUCCUCCAGCUUAUCCUUGUAUAAAAACACUAGACUCCGCAAACAAUAUAAAAGAAUUUAUGAGUAUGGACCCUAAAGUUGGAGUAGGAAAAGUAAUGGACUUUUGGCAGUUCUGUGAUAAUUUCCUGGAAAAGAAAGACAACUCCUGAUAGUGUGCAUGAUAGACUUUGCAGCAGUUUUGAGCAGCUGCAUGAUUUUUACAGACAUUUCCAAAACUAUUCUCUACUGUAGUGAACACUUAGAGACAUGAUGUUGAGAUACUAUGACUUUUUUAUACGCACGUUUUUAAAAAAACGGACGUAUUACCGGUAUGUGAUCUCCAUCGGUCCGUCAUAAUACGUGUCCGGAGCAUAACUUCAUAACCUUUAAAGAUAUUGACUUUAAAUUUGGUAUAUAGGUAGAUGGCAAUGAGAUGAUGUGCAGAGCACUUGAACCGGCUCUGUAGGUCAAAGUUCAAGGCCACAAAUUGAGCUCAAAUGUCAAGUCAUAUUUCGUGUCCGGAGCAUACAAGGUAUUGACUUCAAACUUUGCACAUAGGUAGGUAGUGAUGAGAAAAUAUGCAGAGAACAUGAACCUGGUUUGUAGGUUUAAGGUCAAGGUCACAAUUUGAGCUCAAAGGUCAAAUUUGUUUGUUAUAUUUAGCAUUCAAACCAUUCAAGGUAAUGAUUUUUUAACUCAACUAUUCAAAGAAUAUGUAGAGCUAUUGGACUCGGCAUUCUGAUUUGGGUAAGUUUUUGUAUGUAAGCUGGUAUCUCAGUAUUACUAACCACUUGUGGGAAUGAAUUGAAACUUCACACACUUAUUCACUGUGCUAAACUGACUUACAUUGCAUAGGUUUCAAAACUCUUUUUGCUUUUUUACAAAAUUAUGCCCCUUUAUUGACUUAGAAAUAUUUGGUUAAGGUUUUAUAUGUAAGCUGGUAUCUCAGUACCCACUAAUGAGAAUGGAUUAUAACUUCACACACUUGUUCACUGUGAUGAUCUGACAUGAGUGCACAGGUUCCAUAACUCUAAUUUGUAAGUUUACAAAGUUAUGCCCCUUUUUGGACCUAGCAGUUUUUUGGUUAAGUUUUUGUAUGUAAGCUGAUAUCUCAGUGCCUACUAAUGUGGGAAUGGAUUGAAACUUCACACAUUUUGUCCAUUGUCAUGUGCUGAUAUGUAUUUUACAGGUUCCAUAACCAUGUUUUGCAAUUAUACAAAAUUAUGCCCCUUUUUAGCUCGACUAUUCAAAGAAUAGUCUAGCUAUUCUACUCACCCUGGCGUCGGCGUUGGCGUCGGCGUCACACCUUGGUUAAGUUUUUGCAUGCAAGUACAUACAGCUAUCAUUUAAAGGCAUAUAGCUUUGAAACUUAUUUAUUCUUUUUCUAGGUCAAUUACCAACCUCACUGGGUCAAGUUCCAUAACUCUAACAUGUAUUUUGAGCAAAUUAUGCCCCCUUUUGGACUUAGAAAAUUCUGGUUAAAGUUUUACAUGCAAGUUACUAUCUCCAAAACUAAUGUAGAUAUUGGAUUGAAACUUCACAUGUGCCUUCGUGGUUAUAAAACUAGUUGAUAGCACCAAGUCCCAUAACUCUGACUUUCAUUUUGGCCAAAUUAUGCCCCCUUUUGGACUUAGAAAAUUCUGGUUAAAGUUUGGCGUGCAAGUACAUACAGCUAUUACUAAAAGGCAUAUAAAUUUGAAACUUAUUUUUUCUUUUUCUAGAUCAAUUACCUACCUCACUGGGUCAAGUCCCAUAACUCUGACAUGUAUUUUGGCCAAAUUAUGUCCCCUUUUGGACUUAGAAAAUUCUGGUUAAAGUUUUGCGUGCAAGUACAUACAGCUAUUACUAAUAGGCAUAUAGAUUUGAAACUUAUUUUUUCUUUUUCUAGAUCAAUUACCUACCUCACUGGGUCAAGUCCCAUAACUCUGACAUGUAUUUUGGCCAAAUUAUGUCCCCUUUUGGACUUAGAAAAUUCUGGUUAAAGUUUUGCGUGCAAGUACAUACAGCUAUUACUAAAAGGCAUAUAGAUUUGAAACUUAACAUAACUUAUUUUUUCUUUUUCUAGAUCAAUUACCUACCUCACUGGGUCAAGUCCCAUAACUCUGACAUGUAAUUUGGGCAAAUUAUGCCCCCUUUUGGACUUAGAAAAUCCUGUAUAAAGUUUUACAUGCAAGUAACUAUCUCCAAAACUACUACAGAUAUUAAAUUGAAACUUCACACGUGUCUUCGGGGUUAUAAAACUAGUUGAUAGCACCAAGUCCCAUAACUCUGACAUGUAUUUUGGGCAAAUUAUGCCCCCUUUUGGACUUAGAAAAUCCUGGUUAAAGUUUUGCGUGCAAGUACAUACAGCUAUUACCAAAAGGCAUAUAGCUUUGAAACCUAUUUAUUCUUUUUCUAGGUCAAUUACCAACCUCACUGGGUCAAGUUCCAUAACUCUUAACAUGUAUUUUGAGCAAAUUAUUCCCCCUUUUGGACUUAGAAAAUUCUGGUUAAAGUUUUACAUGCAAGUUACUAUCCCCAAAACUAAUGCAGAUAUUGAAUUGAAACUUAACAUGUUUCUUCGGGGUUAUAAAACUAGUUGAUGACAUCAAGUCCCAUAGCUCUGAUAUGUAUUUUGGUCCAAUUAUGUCCCCUUUCUAACUUAAAACUCUUUUGAUAUUUCACAUUUUGGGUAAUUAUUUCCUGCUUCUGUGACAAUAUUUCGAAUAGUCGAGCUUGGCUGUCUUACGGACAGCUCUUGUUAGACCUAAUAUUCAUUCAGUUGACAACGCUGUUGAAUAGGCGAGCGUUGCUGUCCUCCGACAGCUCUUGUUUUCCAUGCAAGCAUACUCCUAAACCCCUCUAAUUUGUCCUGAUCCCCAUCCAGUUCAGCUUAGGCUCAUUUAUCUUUUGGUCCGAGAGCUCACGGACUUUUAUUGCAACAAUUGAGGCCAAAAGAAGUUUAUACGUUUUUGGAAACAAUAUGUCUUAUCCUGCAUGAAAACCUAUUUCUUAAGUGUCAAAGCCGUGCCUAUCUAUAUUUUGUUCACUUAUGUUUGUGAUAGGGGAGGUAAAACUCAAUUGUAAAAAUAUUAGGGGGUAGGGUAAAGUUUAGGUCUACCAGUUUUUUCACUGAUUAAUUACAGUAACUAUCUGAUUGUCAGUAAAUGUAUAUAUGUCCAACAAUGACAGCAAUAAGAAAUUCAUCAAAAAGAACUUAAGGGCAAACUGGAUAUUCAAGGUCAAGGGACAGAUUCAUGUAAAAAUCACAAAAAUUGGCAUGUUUGAAAUUUAUUUUUAUUCUUAAAAAAUAGUUUGUUAUCAUAUGUCACUCAUCUUUAUUAACGUAAUGUGUGUAUAUCAGCCAAAAUCAGAAAUGCAAAUUUUAUUGCAAAAAGUCAAGGUCAACCCCGAUAAUUGAAGGUCAAAGUUCAUUUUUAUGUAAAAAUGUGAAAAUUAUUACCUUAACUUUUUCUAAUCUGAUUAAUAUGUUUUCACAUUAUUAGUCACUGAAGUUAAUUCGUUUUAAUGUUUUUAUGUCAGGCAAAGUCAGCAGUGCAGAUCUAACCCUAAAAUGCCAAGAGUAAAGCUAAUAUCAAGGGUCAAAGGUCAAAGUUGUGUGAAAAAUCGCAUGAAUAGCUUCCUGUUUGAAAAAUAACAGAUAUGUAUUAAUCAUUAUAAGUAAUUGCUCAUGAUUUAUUUUAAUGUAUGUAUGUCUCACAAUGUCAGUAAUAAAGAUAUCGUCUAAAAUCAGACAAGUUCAAAUGUAAUAUUAAGGGUCAAAGGUCAUUUUCAAGUAAAAGAAUGAAAAAAACAUAGCUUUUUAACUUUUCUCUUUAUUAACAAUAUCUUGUCGAUCUAGUCAAAGAUAUCAGUUCAUUUUAAUGUAUAAAUGUUAGGCAAUGUCUGGUAUGCACAUAUAAUUUCAAAACAUUCAAGGUCAAGCAUAAUAUGAAAGGUUAAAGGUCAAAAAGUGAGUAAAAUGUUGCAAUAAUAUCACAUAUUUGUAAUAUUCUUUAUUGUUUAAAGGUAUAUGUUUUGUCAUUUCAGUAACUGAUCAUUGUUCAUUUUACUGUAUAU